AUGAAGUUUACCGCUACUCUCCUCACCUUCCUUGGUGCCACCUCUUGGGUCGCCGCCGCCCCUCUCGACAUCUCCCAACCCAUGCCCGGACCCGAAGGCCUUGUCAAGAGACAACAUCCGGUAACAUUUAAAUGUAGGCAGGCCGAUACGAGAUGCUCAUGGAAGUCAGCCUUGUGCUGGGACACAGCCGAAAGGUGCUACCAGAAGUGUAUGAAAGAGGAGGGUUGCUAUUCCCCCAUUUGGCCUCCACCCCCAGUCAUCGAGACCAAAGAGAAGAGAAAUUCUCAGGAUCACUGCGGAUUGAGGAAUUUCCAGUGCGAAAGUCAGGCCGAAUUCGCCAACCCAGGCACGAAUAUCACCGAAAUCUACCACAACUGCAUGGAAGAGAGUGGUUGCGAGCCCGCUCCCACCCACAACAACCUCACCACCGAACAUCUCACCAAGAGAUGGCACCCACACUGUGGGGCCUGGCAGUCGUUCAAAUGCAACGCGAAGGCCAAAAAACCGUCGAGAUGGGGAGACCCAGACGCCGACGUCAAAAAGGAAUACCGCGCCUGCAUGAUCGAAAACAAGUGUCGCUGUGCCAUCGAGUAUCCCUACUAUUGUAACAAGGACAACUCAUAA